CCGGGAUGAGGCUGUGAGGAGACGCUGCGCCCAGCACUCGGUGAGAGCCCAGCGGCAUGGGGGAGCCCGUGAUGGUACCAGCCCGGGAGCCCUGCCGCGCAGGUGCUGUUCUUUCUUUGGUUUGCCGUGACUCUUAUGAAGCAUGGUGCCAGAUCAUCAAUGUGUCAGAAACACAGGCCCCUUUCUUUACCUAUCCAGUCAACCAUUCCAAUGAAACAAACCUGAGUGUUUCCACAUCUGCGGGAAGCAAAUAUAGGCUCUAUGUGGGUGUGGCCCUGGCAAUAAGUUCCAGUAUUUUUGUUGGCUCCAGCUUUAUACUGAAAAAGAAGGGCCUUCUGCAACUGGCUGACAAGGGAGUCACCAGAGCUGGACAGGGUGGAUAUUCUUACUUGAAGGAAUGGCUCUGGUGGGCAGGAUUACUUUCAAUGGGAGUAGGGGAGGCUGCCAACUUUGCUGCCUAUGCCUUUGCGCCUGCAACCUUGGUUACCCCAUUGGGUGCACUGAGUGUUCUUAUAAGUGCAAUAUUGUCUUCCUAUUUUUUAAAUGAAAAGCUGAAUGUUCAUGGGAAAUUGGGCUGCAUAUUGAGCAUUUUGGGGUCAACAGUGAUGGUUAUUCAUGCCCCUGAAGAAGAGGAGGUCACUUCUUUAGAUGAAAUGGAAAUAAAACUGAAAGAUCCAGUGUUUAUUGCAUUUGCUGUGGUUAUAACUGUGGUCUCCCUGGUGCUGAUCUUUGUUGUGGCUCCAAGGAAAGGUCAGACGAAUAUACUGGUCUACAUAUCAAUUUGUUCAGUGAUUGGUGCCUUCUCUGUAUCAUCUGUCAAGGGCCUCGGCAUUGCCAUUAAAGAAAUACUGGAGCAGAAGCCAGUUUACCAACAUCCGCUGGUUUAUAUUUUGGUGGGGACUUUAGUGCUGUCAGUCAGCACUCAGAUCAACUAUCUUAACAAAGCAUUGGACAUGUUUAAUACAUCUCUCGUGACACCUAUUUAUUAUGUGUGUUUCACUACUACAGUUGUUACAUGUUCCAUCAUCCUGUUUAAAGAAUGGAAUAGCAUGGACCUGGGUGAUAUCAUUGGCAGCCUCAGUGGAUUCUUCACCAUAAUCAUAGGCAUUUUUCUUUUGCAUGCUUUUAAAAGUACUAAUAUCACCCUGAAGCAAUUGACAUCCACAGCUAUAAAAGAACCCUCAUUGCCUCUGCAUGGAUAUGAUGCUCAUCAUUCUUUAUUGGAGAACAUGGAGAGCCCAACCUUGGCAUAUGAGGAGGACAAUCCUUUGUUCAGACGAGGAAAUGCACAGGGAGCUAUUUGCCAUUAAAAUUUUGAAAUGCAAACUAGAUCCACCUAUAUCAAUCAGAACUGGCUUUGCUUUUUUCCUGGGGGGAGGGGGAAACAUUUAUGAAGUGAGAUAAAUGUUGGCAACAACACAGUGUGCUUGGAGAAAUAGCUAAGUCACUGUGAUGUUAGUUAUUGGUUACAUACAACAGUUUUCCAUUCAACGCCACGAAUAGAAACCUGGCAUUAAGACUAUUUUUCAUUGCCCAUAUUUCUGACAGUAUAUGAGUUUCCUCAGUCUACUUAUUGUGGUUUUGUCAAUUGAAAUACUUUAUUUUUUGGCUGAAGAAUUGCAAUAUGUGCAAUAUAUAUUGAUAAAGUGCAAUUUUCCUUCAUGAUAUGGGGUAGUAAACAUUUAUUAAGUGACAGGCACUUUAUAAGUAUUUUAAUAAAGGCAUUACUAGAAGAAUAUGAUGACCAUUUAAAAGAUUGAAAUGCUUAAUAUAUUGUCAAGGUUAAUGCAAAUAUAACAUUCAACUUUGAAGGCUAUCAAUUAGCAGAUGUCCUGAAGAAAACACAGCCUUCUCCCAUUAACAGUUCUAUACGAAAACGUAAUUUGUUUAAAUGAGAACUUCAUUUGUCAGUAUUGAGCCCAGUACAGAUAUUUUGAAACUUAUAAAAAGCAUACUUUUGUAGCAGUUUUCUGAUAUCUUGUCUCUUCAAGAUUUUUCUUUUUUCCUUUGUUAGUUCCUGUUUCUUGAUGUUAAAGUCCAGUUCUUCUGAGUCUGGAUGUUUUUCUAUAUAAAAGCUAUUCAUGGAGUUUUAAACUAUUUCUAAUGCACUAUAGUGCUGACUGUGUAUUAGGCAAAGGGAAUACUAUAAUUUACCUUUACUGUAUUGAGUGAUCAAGAAGCAUCAAAUCAUUGCAUUAAGUGAUUUGUCUAGCCCUUAUUUUCUACAGCUACUUACUAUUUGCCUCACAAAUGUGUUAACUUCUUCAAAACUGUGUCUUGAUGGCCUAUUGCCUAUGUUGUGAGAACCUCUAGGUCACAGUGUUGACCAUGAAACCUAUAAAAGACAGCUAAUCUAUGCACAGAUGCUAUUUUAUUGCACAAUUUCUAUUUAACUUAUUUGACACCUCUUUUCCUGCCAUAUUUUGAGCCAUUAAGUGACUUCAGCUGUCAAAUAUGUAGGUCCAAUAGACUAAUAUGGUCAAGUCCUAUAGCUUCUCCUCAGCACAGCAUCACUGCACAGCACGGCUCUCUUACUGAAUUCCGAGCCUCUUCAGCAGGAGGUGAUUUUAGGACUUAAUCAAUUCAUGUUCCUGGCUCAAAAGGGAUGUGCCAAACAUGACUGUGUGUAACAAGGAAACACAAAUCUUUUGCAAUUUAGAGAAUGAAAUGUUGCUCUUUCUAUUUUUAUACAGUAAGCCAGUGCUGUGAAGUGCACUUUAGUUUAGAUGCAUAAGAAAGUUGCUUUACUAACUUUGAAGAGUUCCUGACAAGAGGAAAAUGGACUGCAAUGUUUCACAAGUAUUUGUAUAUCUGCAUAACUUAUAAGGUUGUGUAUUUUAUUUAUUUUUUCAUUUAUUCUUAAUGUGUCUUAUUUGCUAAUGAUGCUCAUUUCCCCUUAUUAUAACAAUGUUUUGGAAACCACCAAAAACCAGACUAAUAAUGGUGUUCAGAACACUAGUUUAAAACCAUUUUAAUCCCAAGUUUUAAACUAAAUAUACCUUUUAGCUAUAUGUGAGUAGUUGGCACACAUUGACACAAACUCUAUCAGUUAUAGCAAUCAUUUGCAGAUUGCCUUUAAACCAUCCUCCUGUGAGAUGCUGGUUUGACUGAAGUGGUUUGUCUAGCUGUACUCCUCAGUAAGGUAAAUACAGUAUUACAGGAAAUGUUGCUAUCAUAAGAUCCUUUCUUGAUUAAGAGUUCAAGAGCAUAGACUGUUAUGACUUCUUUUGAGAAGCAUAUGGAAUAAUGCUGGAAUAGUUGCAGCAAUGUUGCAUGCAACAGGAAGAGACUUACAAAAAUUCUUCUCACUUUUUAAAUACGAGUGCUUCAUAUAGCUUUAGAUGUUCUUCGGACAUUCCCAAUAAUUAGCUGUACAGGGACUAUUUGGGGUUUUAUUAGUCAGGUGUGUAAGAUCAAAUUGUUCAGCACAAAAAGUGGGUAAUAUAUGUUACUGUAAAUUUACACCAUUAACUUUAGAGAGUUUGGCCUUUUAAUAAAAACUUGAUUGCUUCUCAGUGGAAAUUAAUUAUGCUGGUUACAGUGUAACGUUUAGGACAAAGUUGUAUUUUUUUUUUUUAAGGAAGUCUAUUGGCAUGUUGCUUGCCUAUGUUUUCAUGUAUAACUGUCAGAGUAGUAGGUACAAAUGGUUAUUUGCAUGAACAAAUGCCCAGUUAGAUAUGUCUGUAUAUGUAUUACUAUUUUUUAAAUGAACUCAUACUUGUACAUUUUUGCAUAUGCACAUGGGCUACCUAUUUUUAAACCUGGCUCUGACAAAAUCUGCUUGGUUGUAAUAAGCAUGAAAGAAGUCUUUCCUGAUGAGCUUCUUAGUUUAUAUUCAUACAAAGUUAACUUCCAUAAAGAAAAAUGGACGUAAAACUUGUUUUUCCUAAAGUAUCAAAACCCCAUAGUUAAUGCUUAUUUUCAUUAUGUCCAAGAACACUCUAGAA